CACCAUGCCUCAGAAAAUUGAGGAAAUAAAGGACUUUCUACUCACAGCCCGGCGGAAGGAUGCCAAAUCUGUGAAGAUCAAGAAGAACAAGGAUAAUGUGAAGUUCAAGGUUCGCUGCAGCAGGUACCUUUACACCCUGGUCAUCACAGACAAGGAGAAGGCAGAGAAGCUGAAGCAGUCCCUACCCCCUGGUUUGGCAGUGAAGGAGCUGAAAUGAACCAGUCCUCUGCAUUUAACUAUUAAACGUUCUGGAAAGUCAAAAAAAAAAAAAAA